AUGCCGGAAAACAAGCGGCAGCCGCCUUUCCGUGCGGAACAUCUGGGAUCUCUCCUCCGUCCGGCUGCGUUGAGCGAGAAGCGAGUCGAGCUCGACAAUGUAAAGGCGGUUGAUAUAGUCAAGAACGAUGAGCUCCGUGCCAUCGAGGACAAGGCCAUCGAUGACAUCAUCAAGCUCCAGCUAGACCUCGGAUACCAUGCCAUCACGGACGGGGAAUACCGUCGCCAUCAGUUCUGGGGCACCUUCUUCCCCAACCUCGAGGGGUUCGAGGAGAUCAUGAACCCGGAAUGGGACAUAUUCCGGAUGUACGUCCCGGAUACUGCUGCGUUCACUGAGUCGGGACAUAAGCCGGGUGAGACCAUCGUCUGCACUGGAAAGAUUAAGCAUGUUGGAAGUUCGUAUCUAUCCGACUGGAACUACUUGAAGAAGCUAGUGCCCGCCGAUAAAGUAAGGGAGCUAAAGUUGACGUUGGCCGCCCCCGAAUGGUACCAUUUACGAUACAAGAAAGGCAGGGCGUAUCCGAAGGAGGUGUAUGCCACUGACGCCGAGUACUUCGCCGACAUUGCUGCAGCGUACCGAACAGAACUUCAGAUCCUAUACGAUAACGGCUGCCGUAACGUCACCAUCGACGACCCGAACCUAGCAUACUUUUGUGAUGAGAAGAUGAUUGCCGGGUUCAAGGCAGACGGCGAAGAUGCCGACGCGCUCCUCGACUCGUACAUCAAGCUGUACAACGACUGCGUUAAGGCACGCCCAUCCGACAUGCACCUAGGAAUCCAUCUUUGCCGGGGGAACUUCGCGUACAGCAAACAUUUUUCGGAGGGAGGAUACGACCGAAUCGCCCUCAAGCUCUUCAACGAAAUUGCCGCGGACACGUACUUCCUCGAGUAUGACACGGAGCGAGCCGGCACUUUCGAACCCCUGAAGGAGCUUCCGGCACAUAAGAAUGUGGUGCUGGGGGUGAUUACCAGCAAAUUCCCCGAGCUCGAAGACCUCAACGAGAUGCGCAACCGGGUGUUCCAGGCCGCCGACAUCAUCGCGAAAGGCGCCGGUCAGACACGUGAGGAGGCUCUGGGGCGGAUCUGCGUCAGCCCGCAGUGCGGAUUUGCCAGCCACCAUCUCGGCAACGCGGUGACGCGGGAGGACAUGAUUGCCAAGCUGAAGCUAGUGAGAGAGCUGGCAGACUCGAUCUGGCCCGGUGAAGCUUAGGUUCGUGGUGGGAACAGUGGCAGUCGGGCGGCGCUGGGAUCUGGCGUGAGGGAGGCUAAAGAGCCCA